AUGGUUGGGCCCCUCAAAAAAGCCCCGGGCGGUCACACCCACCUGCUCGUGGCGGUGGACAAGUUCACGAAGUGGAUCGAGGCAAAGCCCAUCACCAAAAUCCACUCGCAAGAGGUGGUUGAGUUCUUCCUCGACAUCAUCUACUGGUUCGGUGUCCCUAACUGCAUCAUCACGGAUAAUGGAACAAACUUCACUGGUAAAAAGUUCCUGGGUUUCUAUGAUGGGUACGACAUCAGGGUCAACUGGGCUUCGGUCGGACAUCCGUGGACCAACGGACAGGUCGAGCGGGCAAAUGGCAUGGUCCUCCAGGGACUCAAGCCGCGCAUCUUCGACUGGCUUGAGAAACAUGCUGGGUGA